AUGAAUCUACCCAAGGAGCCCCAUGAACAGCGAACAAAGUUAUUAUUGACGCCAGCAUUAUCACCUGCUAGAAUUGGUACUCUAGCCUUGAUUUCUCUCUACUGUUUUGGAAGAAUCCCCGCCAUUGUUGUACCACCUGUGAUGUCUGUUGUGGUGGACCAAAUUGAUGGCUUCAAAAACGGGAUUACGAAACAGUUUGGCAAAGCUAGAAAGCCUGAGGUGAACGAGGAACUUGUAGAUCUUAUAGAUAGACUCUCGGAGUCAAUCGACUCAUACUUCUCCAGGAAGAACGAUAUCAAAGAUGAUACUGCCAAAAGAACAUCUGAUGUUGUGACCCACGCCUUUCUGAGCUACUUGUGGAGCGUUCAGAACAUGGAUAUGUUUUAUGAUCUCAUUCAUCGUUCUUCCAGGCUGUUAUUGAAGGAGAAUGCUAAGCAAGAUAGGGUAGGCAAAGAGAAUGAUGCGAGACGAAAACAGCUGGCCAAGACCAGUUAUUUGGGCAAGUUUGUGUAUAACGUGAGUGUGAACUUGAGAGCACUGGAGUUUGAUGAAACUGUCCAUUUGUGGCAUGCUUUUGUGCAAUAUCGCGAGCCCACCAGAGCUAUAUACAAGCCUGUCAGACCUUUGAGCGACCCCAAGAAUCGAGAUGCUAAAGAAUUGGAUUACGAUAUCAGGAUAUCAAGCAUGAUUCUGAAAAAUGCAAACAUAACAGAUGUUGCGGGAUAUCACUCUUAUGAUUUUGCCCCACAUUUGCAGGCGGGAGCCCUAACAGUCUCUGAGAUUGAUCUUUCCGAUCUGCUUGAUUACCAGAUCUUUUUACUCGAAGCGUAUGGUACACCAACACCGCCACAGGUUCGCAAUGUUCUCUCCAUGAUGUCGGCUUCCUCAAAUCUGUUCCCCUCUUUGCAUUACGUCAGUUACCUGGAGUACCUCAACAGGGAAGACUAUGAGAAUGCCCUAUUCGAAUUGCAUCGCUAUUUCGACUACAUGAUGUCAAAUGAUCAGAGGGUUUUUUACCAUUACGCGCUCGUAUCUCUGGCUACACUUGAAUCACAUUUUGGGAACAACCGUGAAGCAUUGCGAGCAAUUGACGAAUCUAUCUCUGUUGCUCGGGAGCAUCAGGACAUGAGUUGUUUGAGUUUUCUGCUGACUUGGCUUAUUGAUUUCAUGAGGAAUAAGCCCGAGCUUUACAAAAGCGGCACGCCAGGCGAGAAUGUGGAUACCAUCACGCAAACUUUGAAAGUUCUCAACUCAAAGACCAAAGAGGUCAACAAUCUGAAUCUUCAGGCAGUCUCUUGUCAGUUUGAAGCUUUGCAAGCAAUGGCUGAUGGGGAACCCAUGAGUAAGGUCAUGAAUAAUCUCAUCAGGGCAUCUUACAUACUUCUGAGUUCGCCUUGGAGGGAGUCAGAAAGGUCUGUUCUGCUGAAAACGUGCGAUUUGCAGAUAGCCAAUUGGAGUAGAAUUGGAAUUUCCACUCUGAGCAAUGUUAUGACUGACGUUGCGGCUGAUACUUUUGGAUUCAGCCAUAAUUUGUACGACGAGGCACACGUUCUGAUGAGGCGAGCGAACGCCGAGUUUCUGAAAGGAAACAUCAAAACUGCAUUUGAAAUUAUGGCGGACGAUGGUUCUUCUAUGAGCAACGUCAGUCUUGGCAGAAUUUGGAGCUUUCGGAAGAUGCUGUUCACGCUGUCUAAUUGGAUCUGCAAGGGCAGACUUCAUGCCUCAAAAGCUUUGAUCGAUUCCCUGAAGAUACAGGUGAGUGAAGUGAAGGAGAUAAAUUUCGAGGCAGAGUUGAUAUACCUAGAAGUUUCAUAUCUGCAGAGAGUUGGAGACUCUACGGCUGCGCACAAACUGCUUUCAUCGCAAUUCGUUGACAGGAAGUGCUACGAUAUUUACUGGUUAAUAGAGUAUGAGAUACUCUACGCUGCCAUAAUUGCGGAAAGCUCGACGGCCCCCUCCCGUGGAUUGUCUAUUUUACUCAAUGCGUUGAAUUUAGCAUAUGAUACUUCAUUGGUAUCUCUUUCAUGCAAAGCUAUGCUCACAUUGGUGGAGCUCUUAUUGGCUAUGGAUGAAGACCAAAAUUGGUCUGAUUGCAAAGAUAUUCUCUACAAAACGAUGCCGUCAAUACUACAGGUAGAUCAGAUUGCUAUGAUAGCAAAGGGCUUCUAUCUACUCGCUGUUACUUUCAAAUGCAAGUUCAUCCAUGACAGAGAAGAAGAAUCACUAAAUCAAACACUUCGGUUCUUGGAGCAUGCCGUGUUACUCUACAAAAAGUCCAGUGACUUGGGGAUGCUCGAGAAAUGCUUUGAUCUAGAGACCAGACUAGCUCAGAUUACAAACCACGCUGAACUGAUUGCCCACGCUCAAGAAAGUACGAAAAAGCUCAUAUCAAGAAAGCUUGAAGAAAUGGCAUAUUGCAUCGAUACCUAA